AUGGUUGUUGAUAGUGAGUAUUAUGAUUUGUUGGGUGUAUCGACCACUGCAACUGCCAUAGAAAUAAAAAAGGCCUACAGGAAGAAAUCUAUUCAAGAGCAUCCAGAUAAGAAUCCCAAUGAUCCCAAGGCUACCGAAAGGUUUCAAGCCAUAUCUGAGGCGUAUCAAGUUUUGGGUGAUGACGAGCUCCGAGCAAAAUAUGACAAAUAUGGAAGGAAAGAAGCUAUACCUCAGGGUGGGUUCGAGGAUGCAGCUGAACAAUUUUCCGUCAUCUUUGGUGGAGAUGCGUUUGCGUCAUAUAUUGGUGAACUGAUGCUAUUGAAGAAUCUACAAAAAACUGAGGAAUUAAGUGCUGAAGACGAAGCUGAAAAGGAGAAGGAAAAUGUAGAAACGAAGGAAGAAUCUUUAGCAGGUAAUAACACGAGUAGUACAGCUCCCUCUUCUGCAGGAGCGACAAUCACUACCGAUGAAAAAAGCGAUAAGAAUGAAUUAAACAUAGAUGCCAGUAAUCUAACCGUACACAAUGGUAAUAAAGAAAAUGAGCAGGUGGGAACCGAGACAAAGAAAAAGAAGACAAAACUGGAGCAAUUUGAGGAGGAACAAGAAGCUGAAAAGCAGAAACGAGUGGAUCAAUUGAGCAAAACAUUGAUUGAGAGAUUAUCGAUAUUAACAGAAAGUGUUUAUGACGAUGCCUGUAAAGAUUCCUUCAAAAGAAAAUUCGAGGAAGAGGCUAAUCUUUUGAAAAUGGAAUCAUUUGGUCUAGACAUUUUACACACAAUAGGUGACGUUUACUACACAAAGGCUGAGAUUUUUCUUGCAUCUCAGAACUUAUUCGGAAUGGGUGGCAUAUUCCACUCUAUGAAGGCAAAAGGGGGCGUCUUUAUGGAUACAUUAAGAACUGUUUCAGCAGCUAUAGAUGCCCAAAAUACCAUGAAAGAACUUGAAAAAAUGAAGGAAGCUGGUACAAAUAAUGAACCUUUAUUUGACAAAGACGGAAAUGAGCAAGUGAAGCCUACCACAGAGGAAUUAGCACAACAAGAGCAACUGUUGAUGGGCAAGGUAUUAUCUGCCGCUUGGCAUGGCUCUAAAUAUGAAAUAACAUCCACUCUACGUGGUGUCUGUAAUAAAGUAUUAGAGGAUGACUCAGUGAGUAAGAAGACACUUAUCAGAAGAGCUGAAGCAAUGAAACUACUGGGCUCGGUCUUCAAGAAAACCUUCAGAACAAAAGUCGAACAAGAAGAAGCACAGAUAUUCGAAGAACUUGUUGCAGAAGCCACCAAAAAAAAAAGACACACAUGA